CAGAUCGGUGAUUGAUCAGAUCGGCGGCGAUGGAUGGUGGCGACGAUAUGGAUUCGCUGUUCGAAGGGAUGGAGCUUAUUACGCCGGUGGCUGAGCUCGCCGGAGAUAACAAGGUAAGCUCACCGCCUCAAUCUGGAGAUAAUGAAACCAAGGCGGCGGAGGCGACACUGAUCACGGCUCUUUCUCAGCCAGAUAUGACGGAGGCUUUGGACGAGAAUCUGUUUUCAGACUUAACGAUUGUGACUCCGGUUCAACACCAACCUGAGCCGAUCGAGGCAGUUACUACUACUCAUCAAUCUCCGGCGAAGAAUUAUGGACGUCAGGUGUCACGGAGGAAGAAAAGAGCAGCUGGAUUAAGAAUUGGAUACGGUAGGCAUGAAACCAACAAUCUCGAGGAAGAUGAAGAUGAUUCCGUUAGUCAACAGUCCGAUUCCGUUAGUCAAGUAUCGGAUUCCGUUAGUCAGGUAUCGGAUUCCGUCGCGCAAGUGAUAGAUUCCGGUAAUCAAUCUUUGGACUCUCCUGUUGUUAGUGUUGUUGUUGGUAAUGGUAGCUCAAGGUUGGAACUAGUCAAGGCUCAGAUCGAAGCGAAGCUAAAUCGAGCUCGUGAAUUGGCUGCUUCGGUUACUUCUGCUCGCAAGAAUGCGAUUAGGAAGAGAAGGCAAGCAUCUGAGAAUCUCAGAUUAGCUUCUACAACUCACGAAGAGCUCGAGAAGCAGCUUGAGGAAGCGAUUGAGGCUGAGGAUUUCGAUGCGGCUGAGAGGAUUAGCGAAAGCCUCGCGGCUAAGGAAAGAGAUAGGCUAGCUCUGUUGGCAUUGCUUCGCCAAGCAGAAUCUGAUUGUGACUCUAUUGAGUCGAAAAUGGAGGAGGUUCUUCUUUCUCAGAUUGCAGCUGAAGAAGAAUCUGCCUCUCUGCUUCGGAGGUUUUGUACGGAUGCUGAGAAUGAUGCUGGAUCGAUUCUGGAGAAGGCGGAAGCUUUUUAUUCAGAUGAAAUGGAGAAAUGGCAUUCUUGUUCUGAAGAUGUGGAGGUUAGAAAAGUUGAGUUGGAUAUAGAAUCUGUUGUUGUUGAUAAUGUUAGGUUGUCGUUGAAUGGUACUCUUGAGGGAUCCGUUGAACAAGAUAUGAAAGAGAAGGAGAUGUUGCGGAAGAAGAAAGAACAUUUGUCAAAUGAACUUGAGGAGCUGCUUGCUCUGGUGAAGGCAAAGGAGAAGGAGAUUGACGAGAACGAUUUGCAAAUAGAGGCAGUCGAGGAAAGAAUUAACAAUGUGGUGACUGGCUACAAGGAAUUGCAAACAAGCAUGGAUAAAAUGUUAAACGAUGCGCAAGCGGGUCUCACCCAGAUUGAUAAGGAAACUGAAGAAUUAUCAAGGAAAAAGAAAGACGUGGACAAGUUCAUGGCAUCUGAGAAGGAGAGAGGAGCCAAACUCCGUGAUCUUGCCCGGGUUUCAGCAGAUGAAGCAUGUGAAUAUGAGGAAGUUAUUAAAUUGCGAAAAGGUCUGAUGUCAUAUGUGUCUAAAACUAGAGAAGAGAGAGCCAAGCUUGUAAAUAUCGAAGAGAAACUUUCUGAGGAAGUACAGAAGCUACAAGAGGAGGUUUCUAGUACCCGAGAGUCACUAAAGGAGCGAUCUUCUAAAAAGUCGAUCAUCCAACAGAAUAUUACAUCUUUUAUGGAUAAAAUUAUGUUCAUAGAGAAAAGGAUGCCGGAGCUUGAAGCAGAGAAGAAAGUUGCCGCAUCAACGAGAAAUUUCAAAGAAGCUGGAAGAAUAGCUGCAGAAGCCAAGUCCUUAAACUUAGAAAAGGAUAAGAUACAGAUGGAGACAGGAAAAGCUAACGCUGAGCUCGAAAAAGCAGAACAUGAGAUUGAAGAAACCAUCAAGAGGCUACAAGAGAUAGAGAGGUUGAUUUUGUCAAAAGAAAGAGAAUUAGCUAUCAGUAGAUUCCAGAGGUUGCGGAUUGACAGUGGCACUGCAAAAGCCGAGAGAUCAGCUGCUCUGGAACUGAGCGACCUCGAAGAAGCUAAGCUUCUACUUGAGGAAGCGCAAGAAGCAGAAUCCGAGGCAGAGAAGCUUAAACUCACAUGCGGUCUCAAAGAAGAGGAAGAAGAAGAAGAAGAAGAAGAGGCAAAAUCUUAUGAAGUUUUUGUCUCGAUGGAACUCAUAGCCACUGUUGGUCUGAAAAAAUUACAAGAAUUGGCGGAAUCUGUUCCAUCUUAACUCUGAAGCUGCUUCAGGUUCAAUCCUAGGGACUACAGGAAUGUCCUGAAUCAUCAAGGAAAAGAACCAAAUGGUUGGUUUUGUAGAUCUAUCAACAACAUUAAGCUCCAUAACGCAGUCCACAUAUAUGGUUUUUGUUUGUUUUUGGUUUCGGGAUCCAUGUUUGAUUGAUAGGUUGUUCAAAGAAAAGACUGCAGGCUUA